GUGACUUUGGAGAGAACUUUGGUGCUUCUGGUUGAAAUUUAGGGGUGGUUUUGCAAGAUCUGGAGAAGUGAAGAAUGCAAGCUGUCAGGGGUUUGCGACCGCUGCUUUUGAAAAGUAGACAAGUCUUCAUCCAACGCAACUAUGCAAAGAAAAAGAAGAAAGAUAAAUUUCCCAAAGUUACUCUCAACGAUCUGCCAAAUCCUGAAGGUGACUGGUUCACCGAAUACAACAAGCGCCAGAAAACUUACAACCUGCAUUUAGUCCUAGGAAUCGGAUUUCUUGCGUUUUCAAUAGCCGUGGGAGUGCCUCUGAACCAAUACCAAUUCUACAACCACCUCCCUGAGGAGAUGCCAGAAAUCGAAUGUUACAAAUAAUUAAAACAAUAUUUAAUUCCGUUAAUGUAGUUUUGAGUUAAUUAAAUAAUUUAUGUAAAAAUA